AUGGCGAUCCUUAGUAUUCUUAGUUCUUGGACAUCGCUUCCUAGAUCGUACCUUAGACGUCGAUCAAGAUCUCCUUUUACACCCGAGUUCACCGACAGCUCUAAACAGCUCGCCUCCUUCGCGGCUGAGGAAGUUCAGACCAAGUCUGGAGACCAUCGGGCCAGGGUUAUUGCUCGUCUUCGCCAUCAAGAGAUUCAUGUUCCGGAUGUACAUUACAUAUACACAGACUGGGCAGCUAAAGUGCACCCGGAUGUUCUGGUACUGAGACAGCAUUUAGAGGGAUAUUUCCAAACAUUUAUUAGUACCGAGAGCCAAAGGAAAAAGCAACGUAGAGUAGACAACGGGCUCUGCGCGGGAUACUUUUGGACACAUGUGGAACCAGAGAAGUUUGUGAUUUUAGGAGAGCUUGUGGCCUGGUUCUUUUUCUGGGACGAUGAGAUCGAUUGCGGUACUCUGACAGAUGAUCGUGACAAGACCGAAGCUUACUGUGAUGAUACACUCAACUUUAUCCGACAUUGUUUGCAGCCAGAACUCGAUGGCGAAGUUCCAGCACCGGGGCGGUUGCAUAACUGCGGUCCAUGGGUCAACAUAGGAAGAGCAAUGCAGGAGGGCCAGUCGAGAGAAGCACGCGACCGGUUUGCUGAAACCAUCUACGACUUUAUCCGCGGCGUCAAGACAUCUCAGGCUACAUGGGCACAGGGGAUGUCCACUCUCGAGGAAUAUACAGCGCGCCGCUUGAGAACUGUUGGUACAAAUCCUUGCAUUGCUGUCAUGCAAUGGGCCUACAAUCUCACUCUUCCACCGUCGAUCUGGUACCACGAAGCUGUACUAGCUAUAACGCGCGAAGUAGCCAUAUCCGACUUCCUCUGGAACGACAUCGUGAGCUUGCGGAAGGAGAUAGACGACGGCGAUAUCGAUUCUGCUAUCCCAGUCAUGGUAUGGAAUGAGGGAUGCAGCGCGCAGGUUGCCGUUGAUCGAUGUGUGAAGAUGGUGGAGGAGAGCUGGGCGAGGCUAUUGGAAGCAGAGACACGACUUGUGAAGGCGCAUGCUCAAGAUUCUGAGCAAACCAGGCGCGAUAUCGAGACGCUGGUCGGCGGGUGUAAAGACGUGUUGGUUGGACAUAUGGUUUAUUCGCUCAAGAUUCCGCGCAACAUGUCCGCAGCAAAGAUGAACGAGACGGAUUGCAGUUUCUGCAUCAUACUAUAGCGCCGGGGUUAUAGAGACGUCGUCCGAGAUAGGCUGUUCCCUGAUCUAAUGUGAAUAUAGUGCAUGAUAGACCCGAGGGCAAAGAGUAGUUUCCGUCUGUUAUAUAUACGUUCUUGGUUGGUUCAGAAGACGAAUGGCUGCAGCUUGAUACGAAGGCUGGAACAGACUUUCCUCAAUACAAACCCGGAGCAAUACAGCCAGUUCUCUGGGCGUAGUGAAAACCGUCAUCGUGAUUUAUUUUGUGUGUCCGGCUUUGCAAAAGCAAUGCGGGACUCCCCUUUCGUCAGAGAUAGGGCCACAUUGAUCGGACGAAGAGGCAGGGCGGCGUACUCAUCGUCGUUCCCCGCCGCGAUAGCGACGUGUUGGGGCUUUGUGAUGAGUUGUCGC